AUGUCGUCCUCUUCGUCCCGCGUGGUUGACAUCCACACCCAUAUGUACCCUCCCUCUUACAUCCGCAUUCUAGAAUCCCGCUCCAAUAUCCCUCUUGUUCGCAAGUUCCCCCAGGCUUCCGACCCCAGACUCAUUCUCCUCGAGGCCGAAGUCAAAGCCUUGGAGGAAGCGACACAAAAUCCUGAGGCAAAACCACCUGGACGGCCUUUGACAUCGCAUUAUGCGUCGCUUGCGCAGAAAGUGCACUUUAUGGAUACGCACAAGAUUGACAUAUCCGUCAUCUCCCUAGCGAACCCAUGGCUUGACUUUUUGAGUCCUUCCGAGUCUGGCGAUAUAGCAGAGUCUGUUAAUCAAGAGUUCUCCCGUAUGUGCGGGGAGCACCCAGGAAGACUCUUCUUCUUCGGUACGCUUCCUCUAACAGCAGCUCUUGAAACCGUGCUCGCCUCUAUAAAGCAUCUCCAAACACUCAAGUACUGCCGGGGCGUUAUCCUGGGCACCUCAGGGCUCGGCAAAGGCCUAGACGACCCUGAUCUUCUACCCAUCUUUGAGGCCCUUGCCCAAACAAAUAUGACCAUCUUCCUGCACCCUCACUAUGGUCUCCCGAAUGACGUCUGGGGACCUCGAGCGAGCGCCGAGUACGGCCAUGUUCUCCCCUUGGCUCUCGGCUUUCCCAUGGAGACGACAAUUGCCGUGGCGAGGAUGUACCUAGCAGGCGUCUUUGACAGAGUCCCAGACCUACGUAUGAUCCUCGCCCACAGCGGCGGAACCCUUCCUUUCCUCGCCGGCAGAAUCGAAAGCUGCAUCAUGCAUGAUGGGCAACUCCUCCGCGAAGGAAAGCUAGCCAAAGGCCGUCGAACAAUCUGGGAAGUGCUGCGGGAGCAGAUCUAUCUCGACGCUGUUAUCUACUCAGAGGUUGGCCUCAAAGCAGCCAUCCAAGCCAGCGGUGCUGAUAGGCUCAUGUUUGGUACCGAUCACCCCUUCUUCCCACCUCUGACAAGCGAUGAGCAGGGCGAGUGGGAGAGCGUGAGCCUGAACGCAGAGGCCGUUGGUCGUGCGGUGGGGGAAGACACAGCGGAUUUCAAAAAUGUCAUGGGAAUGAACGCCGUCAAGAUACUGCGACUUGAUAGUGAAUCAUGA